AUGGAUUUUCCACUUCCUGUUUCUCUUGAAACAUAUGUGAACGAAAUAAACAAUACCAUAGUUAAAUAUAACAUGACACGCCCAUUAAAUGUCACACAAUUAAAAAUUAAUAUCGAUAAAACAUAUGAAUCUUUACCAGAUUACUAUCAUUCCAGAUUCUUUGUUCUAGACUUCAUACAAGAAACAAACCAAACCCACGAAUUCGCAAUCAAUCAAUCUGUAGUCGGACAUAUAAUCAGCGAAAAUCCAAAUAUAACAAUAUCGUUUGUUGGAAGUAGAUUCAACAUUAUGAAGUAUGCUAUCGAAGGCAGGAUCUUUGGUGUCGUCGCUGGCAUUUCUGCAGUUUUUAUUUCCUACGCGUGGUACUCAUUGACCAGAAACUUUGUUACAGAUGUUAACUUGCUUCAACUAUCUAUGCCAUCCAUAAUUCUUAAUGUCGGCUGUGAUUUUGGCUACUCUUUACUAGUUUUAGAAAUUGGAUUAGCGAAUUACGACUUCUUAUCAGAAUGUUUAGUUACAUUUAUAUGUUUAAUCAUUGUUUACUUCACAUUCCAGAUGAGAAUGAUGGCUCUUUUGCUUAAAUCCAAUGGAACAUUCGAGAAUGGCUGGGAGACAGUUCAUAUUAAGUUCUUUACACAAGUCACAGUUCUUAUGUCAGUCUCUGCCUUUGCAGUUUCACUUGCAUUCCACUUCCCAAUGGUUACUUUACCUUACAUUUAUUCAUAUUUCAUACCUCAGAUCUAUUAUUCGGCCAAACAUAUAUCCUCGAAGAAGAAGGACAAGUGGUUCGUUAUUCUAUCUACAAUUGGAAGGCUCAUCCCACUUUGGUACUUCACUUUAUAUCCAAGUAAUAUAAAUGGAGGAACUUCACUUCCAAUUUGUGUCACUUUUACGAUAUAUUCAGUUUUACAAGCUGUGAUUGUUUUACUUCAGAAUAAGUUUGGUGGCGCGUUCUUCCUUCCUAAGAGCUCAAGACCUAAGAUAUUCGAUUACACCAGUGUUCACGUAGAGCCAGGAACAGAAUGCUCCAUUUGCAUGACUGAAAUUCAUGAAGGAGAUGAAACAAUGACAACUCCUUGCCAGCACUCGUUCCAUAAGGAGUGUCUGUCCAGAUGGAUGGAAGAAAAGCUCGUUUGUCCAAUGUGCAGAGCACAGUUGCCUCCAAAUAUUUAA